CUUUCUCUCUUGCUUUGUAUCUUUCUUUCUCUCUUGCUCUUGAAUUUGAAGGCGCGUUUCUCUCUCUCUUCUCUGCAACUUAAACCUGUGGAAGAUAGAUCAAGCAUCAGUAACUCAAUAGUCAAUACUCAAAGUGUCCCAAACAGAUGUGAUAUGAAAGAAAGCAAGGAAGAAAAGAAGGUUGAUGGGGUUUUGAAGAAAGACAUAGAAGAUCACGAGAUGGAGCAGAAGCAGCACAUUAAUACUACUCAGCAACUAGAAAAGGAAUUAUUUGAAGCACGAACCUCGGCAGCUGGAGUAGUUGGUUCUACCAGAAGAACACAAGAGCUUCUGAUGAUGAACAUAGAAGCCAACCGAAAGAUUAAGGCACUUAAUAGGGAACUCACAGAGAAAGAUCGAAAGAUGAAACUCCUAGCACAGUUAGCCAGUGCUCUUUCAAGUAAAGAAUGUGACUCACAGAGAAAGCUACAAGCAUUUCGUGAUGAAAGCGCACAAAAACUACUUGCUCUUCAAGAAGAAAUAAACAAGAUGAAAUGUGGUGUGAUGAUGGCAAAAGAUAUUGCAGAAAAUUUUUACCAGGGAGUGAAAGAACCAGUCGAGGAGUUAAAGGAGAAAGAAAGUGAAAUUCAAAGCUUGGAAGAGCUAAACAGUGUUCUUUUAGGAAAGGAAAGAGAAGCAAAUGAUGAGCUGCAAGCAGCUCGUAAAGCUGCAGUUGAGUAUUUUGAGAAGAAACCACAUAAUCGUUCAUUUAUAGGUGUGAAGAGAAUGGGGGUCCUUGAUGAGCAGCCAUUUACUCGUGCUGUAAAAGCAAAGCUUUCAAAUGAAGAAUGGGAUUUGAGGGCAUCAGAGUUAUGCUCCUUAUGGGAAGAACGCACAAGAAACCCAUCUUGGCAUCCUUUCAAGACAGUUACUAUUGAAAGCAUGGACAGAGAGGUCAUCGAUGAAAAUGAUGACAAGUUGAGAGAACUCAGAGACGAAUAUGGGGAUGAAGUUUUCAAAGCUGUGGAAACGGCAAUGCUUCAACUCAAUGAAUACAAUCCAAGUGGAAAAUACCCUGUUCCUAUUCUCUGGAGUUUCAAAGAAGGAAGGCAGGCCAAAUUGGAAGAAGUAAUUCAUCAUUUGGUGAAUCAAAUCAAGAACAAAAAGAGUAAGACAUGGCAUAGGUAGUAGUGUUUGUGCAGGGUACGGACAGUUAGAUAUGUCAGGUUUUAUUUAUUGGCCUAGAUUUUGGCCCUACACCUUGGAGAUGCUCAUUAUUUUUGUUGAAGUAUACAUUUAUUGAU